AUGAGCAAGGACCUAAACAUUGCGUGGGUGCUUCAAUUGACUUCAUUGGAGGACAUCAAAUCAUACCGAGAAAUUGGACCUGCACCGUCAGUAAAGUCCAUUGAGUUCGGAGCUGAUGACACUUUGGAAACAGCAUUAGGCGAUCAUGGCGUAUCAGUGAUCAUUCCGUCAGAUGCCAUUCGUCCGGAUCACUCAUGUCGGAUCACCGUAACCCUUUUAGAACACCCUUCAUGUCUAGAUGUUCAGGAAGAUGAAUCAUUGGCAUGCCGUGGUAUUAAGUGUGAUCCUGGAGAUAUGAUCUUCAAUAAACCCGUGAUGAUCAGAAUUCCACAUUGUUUCUCCGUCACCAACCCAGAUCAAGUACGACCAGAUAUCGUCAGCUAUGAAUGGGAUUCAGUGAACGAUCUACCAAUUACGUCAAGGAGGAGAUCAUCCACCUCACCAGACAAACCACCAUACUGUAGAGUGUACGGUAGACAUCUUGAGCUUUACAUUGACUACUGUGCCGAGUGGUGGGUUCUUAUUCCCCUUGAACAACAGCUGGUCCGACAGAAGCUUAUUUGUACGCCAUACAUCCCGGACAAGAUAGAUAAAGGCAAGAAGAUCGAUUUUCAUCUCCAUCUUCAUGCGAAUCUUCCAGGAAUGGAUGCGGAUGCAGAAGAGGAGGAAAGGAAGCAAUCAUAUCACAAGGCCCAUCCAUCUGUCCCUAUCAACGUAGCAACCAAGUCUGGAGACCUUGAUGUCGUUUGCCACCGUGAGGGCCAUCGUCCCCAUCGUGAUGUAAAGGAGGUUCUUCCUCUAAAAGAUGUUCAUAGCAAUAUGAGAAACCGUAUUCUACUACCAGUGACUGUGCAUGAAGAGGACGUUGACUUUCCAGUUACUAUCACAAUUGCACAGACGGGAAAGCUUGACGUUGCAAUAUACUUCGCCUUUGUCUUCAAUAGUUCAGCAGAUGAUGAAGAACAAGACACUUCUGUAGAAAUCGCUUCUUCUGUACGCGUGGUUAGAGGCAUUUCAGGAACUGACAUCCAGGAUGUCGAGCUGCACAGCAUUGCUGAGAAGAUGUCAGUGAACCAUUUCUAUGAUUUGGGGAUCGCACUUGGCUUUCGAAUCCCCAAGUUGGAUGCCAUAGAAUACAUGCAAUUAGGAGACAGGCAGCAGGCUAUGUACCAAUUGCUGGUGAAAUGGAAGCAGGCACAGCCAUCUGGUCUUGCAGCGAAGGAUGCGCUGCUGUCAGUGAUGGAGUCGUUAGAUCUGCCAAGCAUACCAAGUGAGGACAUGCAAAUAACAGGUUAG